AUGUCAAACCUUUUCCAAAAACUUCGUCACAGAGAAUCACAUAACCUUCCUUUGGCCCUUCAAGAUCCUACCACCGCAACUAUUCUCUUACGUGAAUUAAAAAAGGAUAUGCCUGCGCUUGUCUUUCAAUGGAAUGACGCAGGCUUUAAUGACGUUCCUGCUAUGCCAAACUGUCGAAAUGGAAUUCCAGGCCAGACAAAAGUGGCUUUCAUUGCGAACCUCGUGGCGAGCGGUGCUGUAAAUUGGAACGAUACCAUUUUUUCAUUUCCAAACGGUACGGCGAUUGGUAUAUGGGUAGGGCAAAUUCCUGUAUGGGCUCGUCAUCAGACGGGAGUCCCUGAUAUCUGCCAUUCAGUCACUAGAAUCACCAAAAUAGGUGCAACUCGUCCAGUUAAUAUUGAAGAUUUCAGUUAUAUUCUUCUCAGAUAG